AUGGAUCUGCCGCCCUUUGACUUGUGGAGGGACUACUUCAACCUCAGCAAGGUGGUGCUGGCGCUGAUCGAGAGCAGGACACAAAGGCUGGAGAUCGAGGAGACUGAGGAGAGAGAGGCGACCGAGGGGUCCAGCCCUGGGCCCCUGCUGGGGCGACGAGAUCCAGAGCCAGGGGCCACCCUGUGCAACUUCUGCAAACACAACGGGGAGUCCCGUCAUGUCUACGCCUCGCACCAGCUGAAGACGCCGGAGGGUGUGGUGUUGUGUCCCAUCCUGAGGCACUACGUGUGUCCCUUGUGCGGAGCCACCGGUGGCCAGGCCCACACGCUCAAGUACUGCCCGCUCAACGGCAACCAGCACUCCCUCUACCGCCGCGGUGGACGCAACUCAGCUGGCCGGAAGGUCAAGCACUGAGGACCCUGAGGUGCCCAGCACCUGCACCCCUACCCCUCCUGGUUCAGUCCUGUCUAGAUCGUUCAGCCUUACCUCUGCUCCUCCAGCCCUUUGGGGCUCCUGACCCCCA